AUGUCCUCUCUCCACCUUUCCAUUCCAUUCCCCUUUGCUCUGCUCCUCUGCAUUUCUGCUCCUGUGCCCUACCUGCUCUUGCUCCUGCCCUCUGCAUGUUCUUCCUGUUCCACCAUCACGUCGCCAUUGGUCCAUGUGCGAGAGCCGCACAAAUGCCGAGGCUCCUUCGCUCAACGGCACGGUUCAAGUCUGGAAGAGAUCACUAGCUCCCAAGGAGGCGCUAGCAGGAGGAGCGAGGGGGCAGGGCACUCGGUCAAGACGUUCGAGCAGCAUGUGGAGCCGGAGGAGAUCUUUGUGGUCGGCACGUCGCACAUCUCCAGGAAGUCUGCCGAAGAUGUCGACCGUGUGAUCAGGGCAGUUCGGCCUGACAACGUGGUUGUGGAGCUGUGCAGGAGCCGUGCGGGGAUCAUGUACGCUGACGGAGGAGACGUGGAGAAGAGCAACGCGCUGAGUAUCUGGGGGAACGACCCGAUCAAGGCGCUUUCUCGAUCGAUCUCUCUCGGUGGGCCUGUGGCUCUGCUGCUGCGAGUUCUGCUUGCACGAAAUCCAGUUCUUCAACAGACACUCAAGGAGACAGGGAUAGACUUUCGAGCGGCGAGGAAGGCUGCGGAGGACGUCGGAGCGACGAUCGUCCUAGGUGAUCGACCGAUCGAGAUCACCAUUGAGCGAGCGUUCAGAUCGCUCUCGAAGCAAGAGCUAUUCCAGGACAAGGACAUCCUUGAGGGGUUGGAGAAGUCGCUGGCAGAGUCUUAUCCCUCCCUGCUGGAACCGCUGAUAGUGGAGAGAGACAUCUUCCUCAGUCUGACAGCGAAAUCCUCCAUGGCUGUCAACGGGUGUAAGCGGGUCGUCGCUGUGGUUGGGAAGGGGCAUGCGAAGGGAGUAAUGAGAUGCCUGUCUGAGAACCACAACGGAAAGUUCAAGGUGCGAGAAGAGGAGGAGGGGAGGGACGAGGAGGAGGAGGACGAGAGGAGGAGGAGGAGGAGGGAGAGCCUGAGGUGGAGGUCAGGCAUGGUCAAUCAGGGUCAGGAUCAGGAGGAGGAGGAUGCUGGUGUUGGUCAAACCUUUUGA